AUGCUCGCUAGCGUGAUCUUCGCGUCGGCGGAACAUCGCCGACAGGUCGGAGGAACAUCACCGCGACGCUUAGGCCCAAGAUCAAUUGAACAGGACUACAACCCAGGAAAGAAAAUACAGAAGAGAAUCAUCCGCCGGAUAGAACAGUACAAAGUGGUCUUCGUGGCACUAGCUCUGCCCGUUCCUGAAUCUUGGUAUUGUGAUUGCUACCACCUAAUACUCCUACUCAACAAAGGCGCUACCACGAUUACCCGUCUACGUUAUUUCAAGGCCGAACUGGCGUGGAGCGAGGAUGACUUCCUUAAUCCGCCAGCUGAGUAUCGCGGAGCUCCUCUCUGGUGCUGGAAUACCAAAUUACAACGGAACAGGCUCCUUCGACAGAUUGAUCAACUUGCGGAAAUGGGUCUGGGCGGCUUUCAUAUUCAUAGCCGCGUUGGCCUUGAUACACCGUACAUGGGUGAAGAGUUCAUGGGCCAUGUCAAAGCUUCAGUUGAGACUGCUAAAGCCAAGGGCCUCCUUGCCUGUCUAUACGAUGAGGAUAGGUGGCCGAGUGGUGCUGCUGGCGGGCUUGUUGUGGCUGAGAAUCCGGAGUUCAAGGCCGUGCAUCUCCUGUUGACGAAGCGAAAGUAUGGCUCCUUCAAUUUACCGCCACCGCUCCAAGGCGCCAAUGGCCAAGCUCGGCGAAGUGAGCUGGGCUCUUUGAUCGCACGCUAUGAUCUUCAGCGCGGCGAUGAUGGGCUAGCGACGUCUUUCAAGAGGUUAGACGACGACCAGACGGCAGGAUCUAAUACCUGGUUUGCGUAUGUUGAGCCUAACCCCCCUUCAGAAUGGUUCAAUGGGCAAACCUACGUCGACACUCUUGAACCCCGGGCUAUCCAAAAGUUCAUCGAAGAGACACAUGAGAAGUAUUAUUCCCUUUUGGGGUCUGACUUUGGGACAACGGUUCCUUCGAUCUUCACAGAUGAGCCGCAGUUCGCUCACAAAUCUAGACUCGCUAAUUCAGAGAGCGAGGAAGACCUGUUCUUGCCUUGGACUGCAAGCUUUGCCCAGUCUUUCCAAAAAGAAUAUGGUUACGAUAUAUUAGAUCAAUUGCCGCGUAUACUAUGGGAUGUUCAACAAGCUCCAGCCCCUCAGCACAAGGGACAAUGCGCUAUAACUCAAGGUGCGCCGUCUGCCGCAAGAUACCACUUUCAUGACCAUGUCUGUGAACGCUUUGUUUCUGCCUUCAUGGACACCGUGGCCGCAUGGUGUCGAGACAAGAAUAUUGCUCUCAUAGGGCACAUGAUGCAUGAGCCGACCCUACUCUCUCAGACGAAGGCACUUGGCGAGGCCAUGCGAUGCUAUCGCAACCUGGACAUGCCAGGCGUGGACAUGCUUUGCGAUGCCUAUGAGUACAACACGGUCAAACAAGCUACCAGUGUUGCUCGACAGAAUGGCUCGUGCGGUGUGAUGAGCGAGAUUUACGGCGUGACCAAUUGGACGUUCGACUUUGCCGGCCAUAAAGGUGCUGGAGACUGGCAGGCCGCCUUGGGAAUCACUUUCCGAGUACGCCAUCUCACCUGGGUCAGCAUGGCAGGAGAAGCAAAGAGGGACUAUCCUGCUUGCAUCGGUUAUCAGAGUCCAUGGUACAAAGAGUACAAGUAUAUCGAAGAUCAUUUCUCACGCCUCAACAUCGCGUUGACAAGGGGAAGAGCUGUUGUUCGCGUGGCUGUUAUCCACCCCAUUGAGAGCUUCUGGCUCGAUUAUGGACCAAUGGACUCAAGCGCAGCGAAGUGCAAGUUCCGCGAAGACAUGUUCUCAUCAGUCACAUCAUGGCUGCUACAUGGCCUGGUGGAUUUUGACUUUGUCUCGGAAAGCUUGUUGCCUCAGCAAACAUCGUUGGACAGUAUCCAGCCCGGGUCGCCUUUUCCGGUUGAAGACUCUCGGUAUGACGUUGUAGUGGUUCCUAACCUGAAAACGAUCCGCCGCACGACUUUGGAUAGGCUGAGAUGGUUUUCGCAAAAUAGCGGUACAGUGAUCUUUGCUGGAGAUCUGCCCUCUAUGCUCGAUGGAAGUGCGCCUGUCAAUCUGACUCUGGAAGACAAUGUAAAACAUAUUCCUUUGACUCAGUACCAUCUUCUGCAGUCCCUGGAAGCAUACAGAGAUAUCCGAAUCACCAGCAAAGACAAUGGUGACACGAUCUCUUCGAUGCUUUAUCAGCUUCGCCAAGAUGGUGCAAAGUCUUUCCUCUUCAUGUGCAAUACUCACAGAAAGCGCUGCUUUGCCACAGAGAUUGGGAUCAAGGGUCUUUGGAUCCCAACAGUCUUGGACACCAUCAUAGGGGAAAGAAACGUCGUCCCUGUUUCCAGAAGAUCAAACGGCUGGACGUGGAUUGAGUGGCAUUUUGAAGCCUGUGGCAGCCUAUUAGUUGAGCUAUCGCCAUACGCCAACCAGUCUACGGUUACAGGUACUCCUCAAGAAGUCUUCAGAGCUGAUUGGACUACUGUUGCUCAGGUGGACAUAGACCAUGUGGAGUUAUCAGAGCCAAAUGUUUUGCUUCUCGACUAUGCAUCAUUCUCUACAGAUGGAAAGGCCUGGGAGCCAGAAACGGAGAUCCUCCGCAUCGACAACAUUAUAAGGGAACGACUUGGCCUGCCGCUGAAGGGUGAGGCCUACCGGCAGCCUUGGGCAGUUUCCGGUCGAGAGAGGGAGCCUAAGGCGGAGAUCAGAUUGCGCUAUCGUUUCACGGGUGCUAUCAGCACAUGUGAUGCUCAGCGAGUUGUGCUUCACAUCCCGCAUUUUGCCGGACCCGUCAUCGUCGUGUAUCUUAACGGCAAACGCAGAGGGACAGUUGCAUUACAGCCGGAUACAGUUGAACUCGGCGUCCUCGAGCCAGGUCAAGAAUUCGAGUUGCGGAUCGAGUGCUAUGGCAACAGGGAGAAUUCUUUCGGCACCUUACAUAUGCCGGAUGGCGUGAGCCGAUGCACCCACAGCCUCGCAGCUCCUGCGAGGGCUGACUUUCCGAGAAGGGCGGGCGAGACUCAUCCACCCAUUAGCUUAUGCGAAAAGUCAGGCAAUGCUCAGAGAAUACUGGAGAUCAUCACUGACCUGCGAAUUCCAACAUCAGAUGUUGAAGACCAGUUCCGAGUCGAUCCGGUCUUGUCCGUUCCAUCGACCUCUGAGGGCAGCGCGACUGGUGCUGACUGCACUUCUUCCCCAACAGAGCGCCAAAGGGAGCCAUGUCGGCAAACAGAGGGUGUAGUAACAUCAGACGAUGCACCGUUUUUUAAUGAGUUUACUUACAGCGAGUCUCUCUAUAUCUCGGAUUUGUGGUUUAACACACCACUAUUUGCAACUUCUGGCUACCAGCAAUUUUGCGAGGAUGGAGAUCAUACAUAA